GAAAAGCCAGAGCCAUUUAAUUAAUAGUUUCUCUGCCCACCUGUGACAGCUGGCAUUUCCUCUACGCCAUAUACUGUAGAGGCAAGAAAAAAAGGAGGGAAGAGAAAUAGAAGGGAAAGGACAUCUUUCAUGAAAAGUGGGCAUCCAAAAGACAGACAUAAUUUCACUCCCAGUUGACACAAAUGAAAGUCUAUGAUUGGUAAUGAAAAGAAACUCAAACAUAAAAGAAGCAUCACCAUGCCAGGCCUGAUCAACAAGGAGAGACAGAAUGCUCUGCCUCUCAGUGUCUCCGAGAUCACUUCCUGUGUCAGAGGUUACACUCUAGCCCUGACAGCAUCCAUGACCUACAACAACUUCGAGGACCAUCCUAUUGAAGGUAUCUUCAUUUACCCACUGGAAGAAUGCUCUACCGUUGUGGGAUUCGAGGCUAUGAUCUCCAGCCAAAUAAUAACAGUGCAAAUCAAAGACAAGUCCAAGAUGGAUGACUGUUACUUUGAUUGCUGCACUACAGCUAAUGGAGCCCUUCAGAGUGGCAGUGGACAGAUAGUGCUGGACGAGGACUUGGAGAGGACGGUGUUGGUGGUGAAUCUGGGGGUCAUCCCACCUCUGGAGACGGUCAACGUGCUGGUCAGCACCUCCUCUGAGCUGCCCACCUUGCCGGACGGGGGAAUCCGUGUCACGUCACCCUCCGUGUGCACCCCGAGGGUCCAGAGGACCAUCAACGAGGAGCAGGGACUCUCCCCUAACUUCCAGAACAGAACGAGGGACAGGCAUAAUUGUGCACUGGGUCCACAUGACCAGACACCCAUAAAUCCCCAGCUGUGCAUGGCCCUGCUACUGGAGGAAGAGGCCAUCAACUCCAUCGACUAUGAGUUUAGCUUCCAGCUGGAGAUCAGAGCCCCCUAUCUCCUUGCAGGUGUGGAGAGCCCCUCUCAUGCAAUCCGGGCCGACGCAGACCCCCUGGCCCGCUCAGCCACCAGCGUUGUCAUCACCCUGGCUGACAAAUACACCUACGACUGCCCUGUGGAGAUCCUCAUCUACCCCAGCGAUCCUCAUCUACCACAUGUGCUGAUUGAGGAUGGAGACAUGACACUGGAGGAGUACGAUGAUCACCUCGCGGGGAAGAGUGACUUCAUCAAGGCCACCAAGAAGGACUCCAGCAAUGAAAAGAAAGUGGAUAUAAUUCGUAAGCGUCUCCACAAGGACAUCCUUCACAACCCUGUGGUCAUGCUCAACUUCUGCCCAGACCUCAAGUCCAUGACCUCUGACCUGAGGAAGGUGCAUGGAGAGUACAUCUUCCUCAUUGACCGCAGUGGGAGCAUGAGCGGGGUCAACAUCAGCCGUGUCAAGGAUGCCAUGGUGGUGAUUCUGAAGAGCCUUGUGCCUGCCAGCCUCUUCAACAUCAUUGGCUUUGGCUCCACAUUCAAAACACUGUUUACUACCAGUCAGAGCUAUGAUGAGGAAACAGUAACCAUGGCUUGUGAGUACAUCAAGAAGAUCCGAGCUGACAUGGGCGGCACCAACAUCCUGGCACCGCUCAAAUGGAUCCUGAGGCAACCAAUGCACGCAGGUCAUCCUCGCAUGCUCUUCCUGCUCACGGACGGGGCUGUCAACAACACAGGGAAGGUCAUCGAGCUGGUCCGCAGCCAUGCCCGCUACACCAGGUGCUACACCUUCGGCAUCGGUCAGAGUGCUUGCAGGAGACUGAUGACAGGACUGGCAGCCGUUUCCAAAGGAACGGCAGAGUUCUUGGCAGAAGGGGAAAGACUGCAGCCCAAGAUUAUUAAGUCGCUGAAGAAGACCAUGGCCCCAGUGCUGAGUGACAUAGCCAUCGACUGGUUGUUCCCUGACACCAAGGAGGUGUUGCUCUCCCCAGUGGGCUCCACAUUCCUGUUCCCUGGGGACUGUUUGAUUGGCUACAGCGUGGUGUGCGACACCACGCGCUACCAUCCCAAUCCCAAAUCUGAUAAAAGGAGGCGAUACAGUAUGAUGCAUUCCAAUGUGUCAGCUAGCUCAGUGUUUUACCACUCCCAAGAGGAGGACCCAGAGACGACUACAGGCUUCUCUGACGGUCCAGGGAUGCACAGGGACAUACACUCAAGCUUGCCGUUGGACUCCUAUCUGGACUCCAUGUCAGAAAGCAGCCCUGGCCCCACAGAACACAAAGCCAUGGGAAUAGAGAGCAAAACGUCACCGAGAAGACGUGUGUAUAGCACCAGCCAGAUAGUGGAAUACAACCAAAACAUGAAGAAGACCUGCACUCCCAGUGACCCCAGCUCUGUAGAGGGGAAGAACCCACUGAGGAGAGCUAAGGUCCAGGAGCUGAAUGGACAGACCAGCCCUGACUAUGGAGCACAGUGGAAGACUGAAUACCACCCACAGCUAGUGAACCUGUGUGCCACAUCUGCCACGGCUUCCAGGGAGCGCCCUGCCAACGGCACUUCUCACACACCCUCCCCCCAUCUGGAGUGGGCUCCCCAAGAGGUGGACCCAGAGCAGGCCCAGCCCCCCGGCUCCAACCUGCAGGCCGAAGCCACCAGGAGCAGGGCUGACCCAGAGCACGCUCCAGGAGGAACCAAGAGCACCGGUUGGGAGGACUGCUCCUCCUCCACUGACCCUUCUGUCGGCAGCUUAGGAGACGCAGACUGCUACCCCAAUCAGCUGUGUGAGAUAGAAUCCCCCCAGGAGCCUCCAGCCACGCCAGACCUGAACACCACCCCAGACUGUCAGGAGGUGGUGAAGGGGGACUGUAAGGCCGUGGUGUCGGGCCUGCUCUGCGGGAAGCCAGUCAAGUGGGAGGUGACCUUUGACAUAAACCCCUACCUGAAGGGCAGAGAGCGGGAAGAGAAAGUUCACGAGGAACUGUGGAACGAAACGUUCCAUCAUCUGGCUGGACGUUCCAUUAUUCAGGAUUUUGAAAACAUGGCAGAUAAGGAGUGUGAGAUUGAGCAUGGUUCUGGCAGAAGAUGCCAGUUGUAUGCCAUCCACACCAGCAAGGCCUGUAACAUUCUCAGUAAAUACACUGCAUUUGUCCCUGUUGAUCUGGACACUAAUGAAUAUCUACAGACUUUAAUCAACUACAUCAACCCAGGUGAGGGUCGGAAGUGGGGCUCUCGCUCGGGGAGUAGGAAGAACCAGGUUUACUCCAUCGGACUGGGCCGCUCCCAGUCUGGUUGCAUGUCAGAGGAGGCUGAGGAUGGGCAUCUGCACCCCAGUGUGGAAGAUGGGGCCUCUCCAUGCAGCUCCCCCUCAUCCUCUGCCUGGGAAAGAAGCAGCUUUACAAAUGCCCCCCAGAGGAGCCCGUCUGUGACCUCAGACCAAUCACAGAAGUUGGUGGAGAGCCUCUUCUCAGCCAGGCUGACUCUCAGCCGGACAAGACUUCUGACCCGGGCUGCCAGGGGCUUCAUGUUUGGCUCAAACAGCAAAACCAGCAACUCUGUAGGAGAGAGCGAGACUGAAAAAAAAGACUACAUUCCUCUGGUGUCCUUACAGUUGGCAUGUGGUGCGUUCUGCCUGGACAGCGCUCUGUGUGAGGCCAUCAAUGUGCACAUGGACAAGCUGAAGUGGACAUCUCCCUUCACCAGCCACCGGGUCAGUCUGAGUCACCACGUCUCCCACUCAGCCAGUUGCCGCUCAGACAGCAGCACUGCAGAGGACAGCCAAAAGUCCACCUCUCCGUCUCCAUUUGAGAGCUCAGCUAAAGUAACAGAGACCAGCCUGGCAGGCCACCACCAGACUGGAGACCUGGCUGUCAGCAGCCACAGCCAGACGGGCCACAGCCCCUCACACCUGGCCAGGAGUCUCCGGGCCGAGCCCCCUCUCUACCCUCAUUCCCUGACUGACGGCGGACGGGGCUCGAAGUCGGAGAGUGUGGAAAGCCCCCCAGCAGCGCCCCUUGGGUCUGAGAAGAGACUGGAUACGGAGGGCAUGGUGUGGGCCACGGCUGUAGCCCUGGCCUGGCUGGAGCACAGCUCGGCCAGCUACUUCAUAGAGUGGGAGCUGAUAGCAGCUAAGGCUAGCAUGUGGCUCAGUGCCCAGAGCAUCCCUGAAGGAAAGGACUUAGCCUCGGUCAAGUCUGCUGCCAACCAGCUCUUUAUCAUCCUCAGACACUGGGACGAGAACCUGCAGCUCAACAUGCUCUGCUACAACCCCAACAGUGUCUGAUCGCAU